AUGAAGGGAGCAACGUCCCCAGGUCAAGCUGGUAGACCCCAAUCUCCGGUACAUCACGCCGAGCACGGCCGCACGGUCAACCGUGAGGGGAGAACUUUGCGAGAAUCAGCUUCCUGGCUGGCGCUGAAGGAGAGACUCGAAAAGGCACAAGACGAGCCCCCGUACCGUCGCCCCACGCCAGAGGAAGAAGUUGAAGAAAUUGCACCGCAAGAACCAUUGGUGUCUUCGGCAAAGGCCGCAUCCAAGACACUCUACUUCGUGCCAGC